AUGAACUCUAAAGAUAUUCCAACAAAGGAAGAUUUGGAUUUUAUAGUUGAUGAUGGUUAUAAUCAUGAUGAGGAUCCAACAUAUGAUCCAAAAGAUAACUGCUCAUCAGAUGAAGAUAAAUAUGUUGUUACAGGUAAAGAGUUUAAAAAACUAACCAGAAAUGCUAAAAAACUCGGUGCUGAAUCGUUUGAUUAUUCAUCUCGUAAAAAUAGUAAAUACAUGGCAACACUUCCAGGUGGAAAGAAAAUUCAUUUUGGAUCUUCAAAUUAUCCAGAUUAUCUUAUACAUAAAGAUAAAGAAAGAAGAGAUAAAUAUCUUGCUCGAGCUAAAAAGAUUAAAAAUAAACAGGGGGAGUUAACUUAUACAAAUCCUGAAUCGAGUAACUAUUGGAGUGUGCAUCUACUCUGGCCAGAAAAAAAAUGAUUUAAAUAUUUAAUAAAAAGAAUAAAAUAUGAGUACAAAUACUAUUGUUGGUUUUGUUUCUAUAACUAAUCCAAAUGGAGAUAAAAUAAGGUUAACUUUUGAUCAUAAAUUAAAAUUAAAUGAUAAUAAGUAUAUAGAUAAUGGAGGUGAUAAAGUUUCUAUUUAUUUACCACUUUCUCCUAGAUUUGAUGAAGAAUGGUUAAAAAAUAUUUAUAUUUAAAGAAAUAAAAAUUGUAAUAAAAAAAUGCAAUUAUCAAGUUACGAUCAUCUUACCCCAGAAAACAUUAUCUUUAAUGAAGCCAAAGAGUGCAAAGUAAAAGAUAGUAAGAUCAAAUAUAAACGUAUCCCAAUUGAAGUCAAAUAUACAAAUGGAAAGAAAGGAGCUUUGGUAAUCGAAACUCCACUUCUUUUCAGCUUUGGCGUAAAUGAGAAGAAAAAUCAAGAAACAAACAAGUUAGUAGGUUAUAGUAUACCAGUAUGUCUUUGGGCUAAAGAUAGCGAGCCAAGUACUAAAGAAAAAGCAUUUUUUGGUGCUAUUAACAAUGUAACAACUCUUUCUCAGCAACAUCUAGAAAAUGAAUACGGUGUAGAUCUAGCAUCAAGUUUGUCUUCUCCAUUUUAUCACAAACAGGAAGAAUAUACAGAUAAGAAAGGAAAGAAGAAAACAAGAAUAGAUCCCUCAUCCGCACCAGUUCUUUACGCAAAAUUUAUUUACUCAGAAAAAUCAAAGAAAAUUUUAUCUUUGGUUAAGGGAAAGGGAGGUAAGAAUCUAAAUCCUUUUAAAUAUAUUAAUCAGUAUUGUAAUGUUAAAAUGGCGUUGAUAAUUGAAGGAAUAUUUAUAAGUAGGACUGUAACAUCUUUACAAAUAAAAGUACAUGAGUGUUAUGUCAAACCACUAAAACCAAGAGAAUCUUUACUAACAAUUGAAGAGGAAGAUGAAGAUGAAGAUGAAGAUGAAGAUGAAGAGGUUAAUACUGAGAAAGUAGUUAAAUUAGUUGAAGACUUAGUUUUAUCUGAUAAAGAAGAAACUGAGUAA